GUAAAAGCAAAAAGAACAUAUAAAAAGCAGCGAGCAAUACGUCUCACUUCUUAUAAAAGAAAAGGUGUGUCCUGGGGAGUUUUUCAAAAAGUCAGAUGGUCCACCUCUGCGUUGUAAAAUAGAGAUACGGGAUAAACAGUUGGUGUCCUUUGUUAAACAACAUUAUAAAAAUAAACAUGGGUUUAUACUGUAAAUAUUCAACAUAAGGCAGGCAAAGAUAAAUUCAUCAAACAAAAUGAACUAGGCAAGAAAUGAGGAAACUGGAAGAAGAUUACAGCUGAGACAUCAACACUUACCAAGACUUGUACAGAUCCAAACAUGGGAUCAUCUGUAUCCAAACCUGACUUUAUAACAGUUCUCGCUAAUAAACAAGUAAAAAGUGGAGAAACCAUUAAGCUUUUCUGCAAGUCAAACAGUGAAGUUGUAACAGCAACAUGGGAAAAGGAUGGGAUAAAGUUGAGAUGUGUUAAAGACAAGCACUUUAUUAGAGAACAUGGAACAAUGUUCUCCUUGGAAAUUGUCAAUGCUCAGGAAAGUGAUAAUGGGAAAUACACUAUAGUACUGAAGAACAAAAAGGGGGAGAUUUCAUGCUCUUCCCAUGUCAGAGUUGAACUUACGGAAUGGAGGACAUUUGAUUUAAAUCAAAAGAAAUUGAUUGAUACUCUAAAGGCAUUUAAAAUAUGUAAUAAAGUCCCAGAACUCCACUUCUUGCUGUAUGGACCAGUUGGCGCAGGGAAGUCUAGCACCAUAAACACCAUCAAAACAAUUUUUGUAGGACGUCCGUUUGUCAACUGUUUGGCUGCUGCCUUGUCUGAGGAGAGUCACACUAAACAUUUUGACAGAUACGAAGUUCCAAACGAAAAUGGCUCUUGUCCUUUUGCCUUCUAUGACACAAUGGGUGUGCAAGCAAAAAAGGGUGUUCUCGUAGAAGAUAUCAUCAGUGCUCUUAAAGGGCACAUAAAAGUUGGGUACAUGUGGAACCCCACGAUCCCAAUAUUAGAAAACAGCAUGUAUUAUCGCAAAAAUCCUAGCUUAUGUGAUCAGAUGCACUGUCUGCUGUCUAUUAUACCAGCAGACAGAUUUGCAUUUAUGGAAAAUGAUUUCAUCAAGCAAUUUAAGACUGUCAGUAAAGCAGCACGUGACCUAGGAGUCCCUCAAGUGGUUUUAAUGACAAGAGUAGACAGCGUUUGUGAAAUGACAAGGGAUAAUUUGUACAACGUCUACAAAAGCAAGAAAAUCAGGGAGAAAAUGUAUGAUUGCAGCGACAGACUGGGUGUCCCAGUGAACUGCAUAUUUCCCAUCAGGAACUACCAUGAAGAAACCCAAAUAAGAGAGGAUAUAAACUGCUUGAUGCUGGACGUUUUGACAAAUGUUGUAUACUGGGCUAAUAACUAUGUUAAUAAAUGGAGUGGAGAAGGGUAAAGAUUCACCCAAACAGCAUGAGGAGUUUUUAAAAUGCAGAUGACAUAUUGAAGUGUUACACUGGAGUGAUACACUUAUAUCAGUGAUCUGUUUCCUGGAGGGGUGCAAGUGUGACAGAUUAGACAAUGUGCACCACAAGCUUUAAUACAGAUCAAGUAGGAGAGAAACCCUUAAUGAGUUCUGUUUACCCUUAAUAGUUCUGUUUAUCAAAUAUGUUCUGAUUAUUAUUUUAUGUUUAUUACGGUUAGUCAUAGCAGCUGAGACAUAGUAAUUUGUGUGCUAUUUUUUAUGUUAGUAUCACUUUAACACUCGGUGUUGUAAGAGUAAGAUGCAGUUACCAAAUGAUUCCAGCAGGAGGUUGUGCAACUAUGUUGUUGAGGUAUGCAAAGUGCACGUGGCCUACUUUCUCCCAGUCAUUACACAAUUGAGUUGAGGAAAGUUGUCUCCGUGCAUCUGUUACACAAAUACCUCCCUUUUCAGUUAUGGGACCUUCAUAAUAACUACUUAUAAUUACAUGCGUUUUAAAUAACUGUAUGCGAACAUAUCUCCAGGAAAAUAUUUGUAGUACAUUAUGCCUAAUUAUUUUGAUGUGAAUUAAAUUGUGUUAACCACAUUAGGCUUUUUAUGCUAACAGCAUGGUAGUCUAUAUAGUAGUGGUACUCAGUAACCAUGGUAACAGCCACAUGGCUAAUCCUGUAACAGGAAGUUGAUGCUGAAGUUGUGUUGUCAAUGCAGUGUUCACUAAGUGCUGUUUGUGUUGUAUGUGUUAACUAGGAGUCCGAGUAUAGCAGAAACAAGCUGAAUUGCAGUAUCUUUUUUGAAUUCCUGUCUGUCUAUCCUGUGUUUCACAUCUCUAAUUAGGUUCAGAUUUUUGUAGUGUUUUUGCGUUAUUAACAGAAUAGGCAUUAACAUAUAUGUAUGUAUGUAUGUAUGUAUGUACUGUAUGUAUUGUAUGUUUUUAUUGCUGUACUUCAAUACUAUUUGUACAGUACACAGAUACAAUUUUUUGUUGCAGUUGAAUACUUUAUUUGGUCAGAGAACUAUGUACAUACUGGCAUUUGUUGUGUUAUCGAUUUGCAUUGUACGAAUUUAUGUCGAUAAACCAGUCAUUACACAUUUGAGCUGAGGAAAGUUGUGUCCGUGCAUAUUUUACAAAUGCCUCCCUUUUCAGGGCUUUUACACAAAUUAUAAGACAAAUGGAUACAUUAUUUUGAAGAGAAUCAAUGAUAUAACUUUUAAACUGCAAUUACCUUGUCACUGCCUCCUUGCUCCAUGCUAAAAUAUCUGUUAACUAAAUUCUGCUUAGGAGAUCCUGGGACAAAACAUCUCCUUGAAGCAAUCCUCCAGAGCCUCUUUAAAUCAAGGGUCAACAGGCAUUUAUAAUUAAAGCCAUUUUAAAUUUACAAUACAGACAGGGAAUGCUUUAAUUCCUCGAUGACUGGGUGAAUAUAUUCCUGAAGAGAUUAAUUCCCCUUAAUCAUUAAGGAGUUCUAUGCCACACACUUGAUGGAAAAGCUCUAAAACUCUCAGCAUACAAAAAACACAGAUGUCACUAAUCAGCUCAGAGCACAAAUGUUGUGCUAAAUCAACCAAUCUUUGCAAAGUAUACGCUAUUGUGAGUCUACUACAGACUAUACCAAGCCUUUAUUGGGAUUUGAGUGCCUUACUGUGUAUAACCUUUGCAAGAAACUCUUGGAUUUCA